CAGUGUCCUCCAAACGCGUCUGCUAAGUGAACACACGUGAAAUAUUCCAAACUAUACAGUAUAAUAUUCUGCCGCAAGUUUUGUCUCGAACCGAGCACCGCGCUCCUCUCUCUUUGUUUGUCCAGCAAAACGAACGGAUGUCCUUCUUUUUACCUUCAUUCUUACCGUUACCCUUGUUUUGGAUGGGAUCAAGUUGUGUCCUCCAGGCUGAACCCAUUAACUACUAUCGCACUGAACAUUUUAACUGCUGAAAAUCUUCUUUCUCCAGAUGCAAUAGAGACACAAACUGCGGCGGUGCGCAGCGGACGCGUCGGACAGUGAGUGCAGUGGUACCCUGGUAAAAGGAGUCGUGACGCCGUGGGCCCCCGUAUCCGCUGACUGAGGAAAUGGCCAACUCGGAAGACUCCCUUUAGAACGCGGUGCCCUUUGCCGACACCCCGCCUUCACGAGCCACUUUGGCGUCGACGCGUUGGCCCUCGCUGUGGUCCGAGAGGCCACCGGAACGAGGGCGACAGCAGAGCAGCUCAUUUGAACCCCUUACCCAUGAGCUCGCCAACCACCCCAGGUCUCCCUCCCUCCCUCCCUCUCUCUGUCCCUUGCUCCUCCUCGUCCAACCACUUCACCCUGCCUGUUCGUCAACCGUCCUGCCUGCAGCCGAAGGAGACUCGGAGCUGCGGCACCUCAGUGCUGAGACUGCUGGCCGGAGUCGUCCAUCGUCUACGGAUUCUGCUUGUCUCCGGAACUUGCUCGUCCUUCUGGGACGUAAUCGAAUGGCAGCCUGUGGUCUGGAUGUCUGACUUAAAAUUUUUUUUCCUUUUUUGGAGCAAUUGUGCCUGCUGCUGCUACUGAGCUCCCACCCCGGGUUAUUUGGUGAGCCCAUGUUUUCCUAGCAAACGCCUUGCACUGCCUUGGGACUGGCAUGCUUUUGAGGCCAACGGUGCCGGAGCUGCGCGCUAUGUUGCAGACUAUUUACGAAAUGGAACCCUGCUUCUCGUCGGAUGCCGUGUCCGUCUGGGAGCCACCGCUGGAGAUGCUGUCCGUGUGGUCCAGGGCGCAAGGCUUUCCCGGCGCUGUGGAGGUGAAAACACCCCUCCCGGUGGCGAUGCCCGGCGCCGGCCCCAGCUCCGGGGGCGAACAGGGGGGUGGCGGAGGUGAGCCCGUGGACCUGCGCACGGACCCCCGGCUGGGCCUGGCGACUGCGGACCCAGCCCUGCGCGAGCAGCAGCUGCAACAUGAGCUGCUUCUCCUCAAGCAGCAGCAGGAGCUGCAGAAGCAGAUGCUCUUCGCCGAGUUUCAGAAACAGCACGAGGUGCUCACGCGGCAGCACGAGGCACAGCUGCAGGAGCACCUGAAGCAGCAGCAGGAGAUCCUGGCUGCCAAGAGGCAACAGGAGCUGGAGCAGAAGCGUAAGUUGGAGCAGCAGCGGCAUGAGGAGCUGGAGAAGCAGCGUCUGGAGCAGCAGCUGGUCAUGCUGCGGAACAAGGAGAAAGGAAAAGAGAGUGCAAUUGCCAGCACCGAGGUGAAGCUGAAGCUUCAGGAGUUUCUCCUGAGCAAGAAAGAGCCGACCUCAGGCGGACUCAACCAUUCCUUCCCCCAGAAGUGCUGGGGGGCCCACCACACGUCUCUCGACCAGAGCUCCCCGCCCCAGAGUAACACCCCCGGGACACCGCCCUCCUACAAACUGCCCCCUCUCUUGGGCACGUACGACAGCAAGGACGACUUCCCCUUGCGCAAGACGGCUUCGGAGCCCAACCUGAAGGUACGCUCGCGCUUAAAGCAGAAGGUGGCGGAGCGGCGCAGCAGCCCACUGCUGAGGCGUAAAGACGGCACGGUCAUCAGCACCUUCAAGAAGAGAGCCAUCGAGAUCACAGUGUCCUCCAUGUGCAGCAGCGCUCCUGGCUCCGGGCCCAGCUCCCCAAACAGCUCCAACAGCGCCAUCUCCGAGAACGGCUCGAGCGGCUCCGUGCCCAACAUCCACAACAAGCAUUUGCACUCCCAGCAGCAGACGACGAGCACCGACGGGCCGGUCAGCCAGCUCAGCCUGUACACGUCCCCCUCGCUGCCAAACAUCUCCCUGGGCCUGCCGGCAUCCAGCAUUACUGCUCCGCAGAAGCUGUCGGCCCAGCAGGAGGCAGAGCGACAGGCCAUCCAGAGCAUACGGCAGGGUGGCGCCCUCACGGGGAAGUUCGUGAGCACCUCCGCCCUUCCCGCCUGCCUUGCCCCCGGCGUGGUCCACGACUCGGAGCCGCCAUCCGCCAACACCCACAACCACUCGUCCCUGCUGCAGCACGUCCUGCUGCUGGAACAGGCCCGCCAGCAGAGUGCGCUGCUUGCAGUGCCCAUCUAUGGACAGUCGCCCCUGGUGACGGGUGAGCGGGCAUCCGCGGGCAUGCGCGCUGUCAACAAGAUGCCCCGGCACCGGCCACUGAGCCGCACGCAGUCGGCGCCUCUGCCCCAAAGCCCACAGGCCCUGCAGCAGCUUGUCAUGCAGCAGCAGCACCAGCACUUCCUGGAGAAGCAGAAGCAGUACCAGCAGCACGUGCAGCUCAAGAUUCUUUCCAAGGGGGCAGAGCUGCCCCGCCAGCCACCCAGCCACCCCGAGGAGACGGAGGAGGAGCUGACAGAGACAGCUGAGAUGCAGGAUGAUGAACAGGAGCUGGGGCCGGAAGUGACGAGGGAGGGACCUCUGCAGCAGGAUGCUGUGCACGAGAGGCCGAAUGAGAUCCCGGUGCCCACAGAGCAGCCGGUCGCUCUGAAAGAGGAGAAUGCGGAGAGCGAUGUGGAGGAGGAGGAGGAGGAGGAGGAGGAGGAGGAGGAGGAUGACGACGAGGAUCUGAGGGAGAGCGAAGAACAGGGCAGCCCUUACACCCAGUUUGCAGAGCAGCAGCAGCAGCAGCACCUGCAGCAGCUCCACCUGUUCCAGGCCUCCCUGUCCAUGUCUGGCGUGCCCCACAGGCCUCUGGGAAGGGCCCAGUCGUCCCCGGCCACCGCGAGCCUCAAGGCCGCGUCCGGGUGCGAACUGCCCGUAAAGCACCUCUUCACGACAGGUGUGGUGUACGACACCUUCAUGCUGAAGCACCAGUGCAUGUGCGGCAACACCCACAUACACCCAGAGCACGCUGGGCGCAUCCAGAGCAUCUGGUCCCGGCUGCAAGAGACAGGGCUGCUCAAUCGCUGCGAGAGGAUCAGGGGUAGGAAGGCGACACUAGACGAGAUUCAGACAGUCCAUUCGGAGCACCAUACACUGUUGUAUGGCACCAGCCCUCUCAACAGGCAGAAGUUGGACAGCAAGAAGCUCUUAGGUCCGAUCAGCCAGAAGAUGUAUGCUGUGCUCCCCUGUGGCGGCAUCGGGGUGGACAGCGACACCGUGUGGAACGAGAUGCACUCGUCGAGCGCCGUGCGCAUGGCUGUGGGCUGCGUCAUCGAGCUCGCCUUCAAGGUGGCUGCCGGAGAGCUCAAGAACGGCUUUGCGGUCGUGCGUCCGCCGGGACACCACGCAGAGGAGUCCACUGCCAUGGGAUUCUGCUUCUUCAACUCGGUCGCCAUCACAGCCAAGCUCCUGCAGCAGAAGCUCAGCGUGGGCAAGAUCCUCAUAGUGGACUGGGACAUCCACCAUGGCAAUGGUACCCAGCAGGCCUUCUACAGCGACCCGAACGUGCUGUACGUCUCCUUGCAUCGGUACGAUGACGGCAAUUUCUUCCCUGGCAGUGGAGCCCCAGAAGAGGUGGGGACGGGUCCAGGGGUCGGGUACAACGUCAACAUUGCCUGGACUGGGGGCGUUGAGCCCCCGAUGGGGGACGUUGAGUAUCUGACCGCCUUCAGGACGGUGGUGAUGCCCAUUGCCAACGAGUUCUCUCCAGAUGUGGUGCUGGUGUCAGCUGGGUUCGACGCUGUCGAAGGUCACCAGUCUCCGCUGGGGGGCUAUUCAGUCACAGCCAAGUGUUUCGGUCACCUCACCAAGCAGCUCAUGAAACUGGCUGGAGGCCGCGUGGUCUUGGCACUCGAGGGGGGACACGAUCUCACGGCUAUUUGCGACGCCUCCGAGUCCUGCGUUUCGGCCCUGCUGGGGGACGAGCCAGACCCCCUGCCUCAAGCCGUGCUGCAGCAGAAACCCUGCCCGAAGGCCGUGGCGUCGCUCGAGAAGGUCAUCGACAUUCAGAGCAAGCACUGGAGCUCUGUGCAGCGGUUUGCCCCCACGGUGGCUCAGUCCGCGGUGGAGGCGCAGCGCCGGGAGAAGGAGGAGGCCGACACCGUGAGCGCCAUGGCCUCUCUGACCGUGGACCCCGAGCAGGGUUGCAACCAGGAGUCCUGCAGGCCCACGGAGGAGCCCAUGGAGGAGGAACCUACGCUGUAGGGGGCGCUGCGGCCGAGCUGUGUUUCCAUAUCCAUGGCAAACCCCAUCGCUACCCCUUCGGGACACGCCCAGGAUCCUUCACCCUACCCCCAACCCACCCACUGCCAUCGUGGCGGUUCAGAUGACUGACAGUAGGCGAGAUGCUGGCAGGAAGCUGGCGCUGGAAAGG